GCGCUUAUUACUGGUGACUGAUUUGCGCUGAGUAAAGUGAGGGCUAGUGAUUAUUUUUUUUAUAAGAUGGACUCGUUUUGGCUUUGCGGUAUUGCUGGUUGUAGGAUCAUUUUGUUUAAAUUUGCAGGACGACCAAGAAACAAUAACUAAAAUUGUUGAUGCAACAGGCAUUUUUAAUGGUGCAGCAUUUGGUUUAUACGCGCCCCUUGUGGGGCAACAAAUAACGUUAAUACAACAGACUGGAAUUUCUCCUAAGGCGCUCGUAACAAUUGCAAUGUGGUUUGUAAGCUGGGUUCGUAUGUCAAGUAUGUGAGCUCCCCAUAAUUACCGGGAUCUGCAUAUCACCCAAAACGGGAUCUCACCCGAAACGGAAUCUCACCCGAAACGGGAUCUCACCGUAACCAGUAUCCCGCCAGGAUCGGUAACCCACUGGAUCGGGAUCCCACUGGGAUCAGGAUCUCACUAGGAUCAAAAUCCUAUCGGGAUCGGCAUCUCACCGAAACGGGAUCCCGCCGGAUAGGGAUCUCAUUUAGUUUGGGAUACCACCGGAAAUGGAUCUCACCGGGAUAGGUAUCUUACCGGAAUCGGAAUCCCACCAUGACCAGGAUUCUAUCGGAAUCACAUCGGGUUCGGGAUCCCAUCAUGAUCCUUCUGGGUGCCAUCGGAAAACGGGAAAAACGAAAGGUUUACAUAAGUUAUUUUAAUUGUUUUUAAUAGGAGACAAAUUAAUUAUUAUUAUUUUUACUAUAGUGUUGUUAUUUUGUUGUUGACAUUUCCUUUAAUAGCAAUGUGAACUAAAAGGACGUAUCAGAUGUUUUUGUCUGAAUGCAGCCCCGGGCAACUCCGGUUAUAGUUGAUAGUAAAGUUAUAAAAUAAAUACAUCAUUUAUUUUAACAAGAUUCAUCCAAUGGGGCAACUUUUAUAAAGUAUCUUUAAAGACAGAAGAGUUAUCCUUGAUUUACCACAAUGGCUCCGUAAAACACGAAAGAUUCAUAAAAAUUUACUUUUUUUUAUCUCGUAAUAUUUGUUAAAUUGUUGUUGUAUUCCAAUAAAAAGAUGGUUAUAUAACUUUUAAAAUACUUUUUAUAAAGAAUUAACAUAAGUUUACACGGGAAAAUAAGAGAUUCAAACAGAAAUAAUAUACGCACCUGAACUGCACUUUUAAGGUUGAGAGCAUUUCAUCAUGCCACCAUCCCCUUUCCAAACUUUCUUACUCUGAGGGGGGGGGGGGGCUAAUGUUCAUGGUCUUACCAAGCACUUUCAUGCGAUACACAGUUACACAGAAUAAAGCAGGACCCCUGUUAAACUUAAAUCUAAAUAAUUUAAUAUAAGAGAUAGACCCCAAGCCAUAAUAUAAGAGAUAGACCCCAAGCCACAAGUGUUGUGUAUAAAUGAAAAGGAAACAGAAUUUACUAUUCUAUAAAAUGAUUUUGAUAUAACUUUGGACUAUGAAAAAAAAAACUAUUGACAACAGCACAGACAAAAAUAGACAUGAAAUUUAUUGGAAAAAUAAUUCACAAAUGUCCAAUUAUUUUGAAAUUAUUAUAGGUUUAUUUAAAACAUAUGGUGAAAUACAUUUAAAAUGGGUGAGCCAGUAGAGUCACCUCACUGGAGUUGAAUAGUUAAUCAGCUUUGUCAAAAUUGAAUUUUGUAGGUUUGAAGUGUAAUUUUUACUUAAAUUUACAGUACAGUCACUCACUAACAACCUGAAUUGAAAUAAAGUAUGGAUGAGGACGAGAAUGAAGGCAGAAUUCUGGAGGAGGGAGAAGCACCACCAAUCCCUGCUGUAAAAUAUGAAUGUAAGUAAUUUAAGUUUAACAUAAAGCCAAAUGCCUCUAUUAAAAUUAAAUGGAUACUUUGAUUUAGACAAAGUAAAGUUCAUAUCUAACAGUGUUAUAUUGUGUUUAUAAUUGUUUCAUUAAUUUAGUGACCUAACAAAUAUUCUAAUGUUUGUUAACUUUUGUCCUUUGUUAAUUUGUUUAUUAAUACAAUAUACAUAUAUGUAGUCUAUUAAUUCUAUUAACCACUUUUACUGGUUUUCCUUCUCUUAGAUUUGGACCACACAGCUGAUGUCCAGUAAGUAUAGAUUUGUCAUUGAGAAAGUAACCACACAAUGUGAUGUCUUGUUUGAAAGCAUCCAUUUAUUUCAAUUAAAUAUUAAAUUAACUUUAUAUAUUGUUAUAAUGAUUUUUACUCAUUCAAAAAAAAAUGAUUAAAAAGUUAUAUUUUACAAUCCUUUUAUUUUCAGGCUUCACUCAUGUAUCCUUUGCCUUUGAUUUAAAUGAAAGAUAGUGCCAGAAAUAGGCCACCUCCAAUUUACAGUCUUUUCAGUUUGUUUAGCAUUCUUAAUUUUGAUAAUAAAGUGAAUCUGAGAAUAAAAAUAUUAUUCAAAUUAAAUAAUGACAUUAAAAAAAUAUGACGCUAAUAGUAUAGACAACGAUAGUGAUCGGCAUGGACUUCUUAAAGGUAAUAUUUCUCUCACCAGGGCACAUUUCUUCUUAACUCAGAAUAAGGGGGUGUUGACUUGAAGGAAAGUUUUGAACAAGUGAGUUUUUUUGUUGUUGUUACUCUGUUCUUAAUUUAACCAAACAUUCUACAAGAUCGUAAUCAAAAUUAAACUUUAAGUUUUCAUACAUUUUUGCAUUCCUUUAAAAUUGAAUUAAUCCAUACCAUUAUAUGAUUGGUAGUGAUUCAAGCCUUGUGCCACGUUUGGAUAUUGUGUAUCAGAUUAGAAGAUUUCCAAGUAAACUCAAUUUCAGUUUUAAUGUUUUAUACUUCUUUUUCUUUGUGUUAAACCACAGAUUGCCAUGGCGAUGUUUAAUUACAUGACGACAGAUUACGACACAGUUGAGAUGAAGGAGGUUCAUGAACUUGAAGUUUCUGGUGAGAUUUCUUUUUCCAGCUAAACUAAUUGGAUUUUUAUGAAUAUGUUAUGAUAGUAUGGUUUUAACUAGUGCACCACUGCUUAAAAAUUUUUUUAUUUGUAUUACUGCAUUUCUCCUAGGAUAUGCUGCACAUUUUGCCCUGAUGUAAGUCUUUAAACUAGGGGUGCAUCAUAAAAGUACUGGUAAAAUAGAAUCAAAAUUUAAGGGAUGCAGUUUAUCAUCAGUAGCAAUCUUUACUCUGAACAAUACACUAUUUAGCAUUACAUAAAACUUACGUUGUUAUCUUUAGGGCUAUAUAAUAAUGUACACAUCUUUGCUAGAAUUAGAAUCUCUAUCCAGCAUUUUGCUCUGACUGCUCACUUUGUUCAUCUUUAAUCAGAAUUCAUUGAGGGUCUCUACAUUCUAAAAAUAUUUUGUACCAUUGCCUCGCACUAAUAACUAUUUUAAUAUUCCAGCGGAUGACUUGUUGUCCCUGAUGUAUCAUUUCCUAGACGAGUUUCUUUUUCUUUUCUCUGCUGAACCAUUUUUCAUACCACGGGUGAGUUGUACUUUAGUCUUUUAAAAAAUGUUGUGGUCCUUAUAGUCUUUUAAGAAUUUAUUUUUAAUAAAAACACUGCAAUUCAUUUCUUGUGAUUAGUGAAUCCCAUUUUUUGAAUAGCAAAAAAUAGGAAUAUUGAUAAUUAAAUUAAUAUCAUACUAGGAAAAUAAUUUUUUUUUCCAUGUGUUUGAAAAGUUGUUAAAAUCUUCAAUAUUAUGAUAAUUUUAAUCCCAUCUUUUUUUCCUAAAUUUGAUUAAUUGAUUAAUACUCUUUUUUUUUCUGGUUGUUUGUUUUUUUUAAGGUUGUUAAAAUAACAGAGAUGGACUUGGACAAUUUUAAGUUGAAAGUUGUGGGGUGAGUGUCAUAAUAGAUUUCUUUCCCAAAAAUGUAUUUAUCCUGUGCUAUGCAAGAAUUAAGUGCAAUCUCAGUUUUUUCUUUAAAUUAUUCAUUUGAAUUGAAGAAACUUUAAAAAAAUUUUAUUACAGGUAUGGGGAACCAUUUGACAUUUCCAAACACCCCCAGGUAAGAUAUUCUCUAUCACACUCAUAUGCAUACAAUCAUAACUUUAGCUUCUAAAAUUUAUUAAAUUUAUCACAAAUUUAAAUAUCAAGGCUUAUAACUUUGAGUUUCAUUUUUGGUUAAAAUGAUAAUUUCUGAAAUACACAGCUUGACAAAGUUAAUUUUGUAUUUGAUUACACCUUUUAUUUAGCAUUUUUGGAGUAAUUUUCUUUUAAAAUAAUAUUUUUGGCAUGCUACUUAUUCAUGGACUAAACCAGUUUGCAUGCUUGAUAUUUCCAUGAUAUUGUUAGUUGUGCUGUCAUGCAUGGCAGUUGUGCUGUCAUGCAAGGCAGUUGUGCAGUAAUGCAAGGCAGUUGUGUUGUCAUGCAAGGCAGUUGUCCUAUCUUGCAUGGCAGUGGUUCUGUAAGUAAGUCCCUUGUGCUGUCAUGUAAGCCAUGGUGGUGUCUUGUUAGGCAGUGGUUUUGUCAUGUAAGGCAGUGGUGCUGGGAGUAAGGCGGUGGUUCUGUCUUGUCAGACAUGGUUCGUGCUAUUGUUAGGGGCCCACCAGUGUUUGCUCUGUGCUAUUGUUAGGGCCCCACCAGUGUUUGCUCUGUGCUAUUGUUAGAGGCUCACCAGUGUUAGCUCUGUCCUACUGCUAGGGCCCACCAGUGUUAGCUCAGCCCUACUGCUAGGGCCCACCAGUGUUUGCCCUGUCCUAAAGUUUUGGCCUAUACCCUGAUGAGCUCUGUGUCGCUGCUAGUGCCCACCAGGGUAAUAUCCACACCAUAGGGUCAUAUAUUUAUCAAAUUUCAUCCUCCUAACUUAUACUUAUAAGUUGGUGAGCCUUCUAUUCUGAGCAAUCUAUUUUGAGCUGUCUGUUCAUCUGUGUUAUAUCGUAAAUGUGUGUAUCACGAGUUGUUUAUUAUAUAUACAUCUGAACAACUAUGACACGCAUUUGUUAAGCCGUAUCUAUUUUUAAUGUCAUUUUAUGGCCUCACUGACUAAUCAACGGUUCUCAGUCAGUAGAGAGUUUUUGUAAAUAUAUUUGUUAGUAAAUUUCCACCGACUUCAACAGUUGUUCCUAUUUUUCAGGGCACAGAGGUCAAGGCCAUUACAUAUUCCAACAUGCAGGUGCAUGCAGAUUCAGAGAAACAUGACAUCUUUGUCAUCAUUGACAUUUAAAGUGUGUUUCUUGUGUUGAGAUCUUUCAUGUAUAAACUAUAAUAACACUACUAUCAUGUGAAUGUACGGUGGAAUAAACUCUAUACAUCUUUAGCUUGUUUUUAUUGCCAUUAGUUGAAAG